UGAUUGGGCGGUGCACGUGUAUCCACGUGUCAAGUCCAGCAUAAAAAUGGCGUCUUCUUGUAGGACUCUUGUGAGUCGUUUUGUUCAUAUACUUCGUCCCUAUCCCUCGAGGAGGUAUUGGCUAUCUGCUACAACUACCUCUGAUGAUGUUUCUCCAUUAAAAACCAUCCAAGAAUUAAAGGAGAUAGAUCCAAAGACCGGAGAGAAGAGGAUUGGCAACAACUUUGUUUAUGAGAUGGAGCUCUCUGCCCUCGCCAACCGCCUCGGGUUUACCGCAUCCCAGCUACCCUCCCUACAGCAAGCCCUCAUAGACAAAUCAGCAAUGAGCAGUAAGGAGGAGGAAGGGCACAACUCUCAGCUAGAAUCGGUUGGCAAGAAUGUCCUCACUACAUUUGUACGUGGAUAUCUCAGCAACGUUUACCCUAACCUAGGACGCACUCAUAUCAAAGACAUCACAAAGUAUCUCACAGACGAGCCAGCACUCGUUAAAGUUGCUGACUACAUUGGGAUAUCAAACCUCAUCGUAAUAAGAGAAGGUUACAAUGAGUCUAAAGUUAGCAAGUGUUUGAAGGCAGUUUUUGGUGCUGUACAUGCUGAUAUAGGGGAACAGGCAGCACACUCUGUGAUAGAACAGCUCAUAAUACCACAAUUGAAAGAUGCUGAUCUAAAAGACCUCAUUGUUAUUAAUGACCCAAUGCGGACUUUACAUAAUAUGCUUUAUACCCAAAAGAGGCCCAAACCUGUACCAAGGAUGAUAAAAGAGACGGGAAGAUUGUCCCAUUUCCCUACGUUUGUCGUUGGUAUUUAUUCCGGCAAAGUGUUAAUUGGUGAGGGAGUUGGUAGCUCUAUCAACAGGGCUAAGGUUGAAGCAGCCGCUACUGCCCUACGGCAUCAUUAUAUGAAAGAGAUU